AUAACUGUAAUUCUGGCCUUUAGAGUCAUGAAACCAGGGAGAACAAUGAGAAGAUUCUUUUUCUCAGGUGUCUAUAAUGCUGUCAUUCCCAUCUGUGUCCUGAUCCAACUUAUUCUCUGUGGAGUCUGGCUGGGAACCUCACCUCCCUAUAUUGACACUGAUGCACACUCUGAAAAUGCUCAAGUCAUCAUUUUAUGCAACAAGGGCUCAGUAACUGUUUUCUACUGUUUGCUUGCCUACUUAGGGUCCCUGGCCCUAGGCAGUUUCACUGUGGCUUUGCUGGUGAGGAACCUGCCUGACACAUUCAAUGAGGCCAAGUUCUUGACAUUCAGCAUGCUGGUGUUCUGCAGUGUCUGGGUCACCUUCAUCCCUGUCUACCAGAGCACCAAGGGCAAAGCCAUGGUGGCUGUGGAAGUCUUCUCCAUUUUGGCCUCCAGUGCAGGACUUCUGGGAUGCAUCUUUUUCCCUAAGUGCUACAUUAUUCUCUUAAGACCUGAUAAGAACUCUUUGAGAUGUAUUAAA